AUCGGCGAGAUCCAACAUAUCUGCCUGACACAACCCACCUCGGAACAGCAGGAACAGAAACCCAAGGGAUUGAUGGACGGAUUACUUUGCCUUCAAGAAGAGAGUAAGUCCUUGUCACCCAUGUACAUACGAUGGAGUAUGUACAACUUUCAUGCCCGUUAACUGUAACCCAUCCGUGGUACAACUGGGUUUCGAAAUUCAAUCGACGGAAACUGAUUGUCUCUGACACGAAAGCAUCCAAGGAAGGAAACUUUUGAAUUUUCGAAAUAUCGAUCGACGACGCUAAUCCGUUCCGUCGCGGGGUCUGACGUGGCGAACCGUGAUCGGAGCGCCUUCGACGAACGGUCGGUUUAAUCGUGCCGGGCUGCGUUAUCGACCGGAAGUAAAUUUGGGUAGAGUGCGAGAAUCUCAGCCGGUCCGCCGGCCCGUUCGGCCUCCGGCGAGGUCGUGGACGGAGCGCCUCCCAUUGGUGGCGCCGAUUCGGGGCCGAGAGUCACACUCGCCUAGAGGUCAAUCCAACAUGCCGUUGAAACGAGCGCGGAAGAAGCCGAGCAUGAGGCGGGGAGACUUUUGCCGAAGACAAUCGUACACGCUCCACCACAAGGGAGGGAGCUAACGUAGAGAGGGAUCGCGUAAGGCGCGGGCUCCUCUGCGUCGUACCGAGUCAGUUCGAGAAACCAAGGGAACGAGGAGGAGGAGGAGGAGGAAAAGGCAGAUGAGGCAGAGAGUGUUGUCAGGCGGGGGCUAGACUCGUGCAAGGCGGAGUUCGAUUUGGAGGGAGCGAUCGUCCGAGGCCCAAGGAAGAAUUGCACGCGAAAGAAAAUGUAGAGCGGACGGUGGACGGCGGAGAGUCGACGGCCUGGGGAUCGUCGGGGAUGGGAUCCUUUCCUCCCGGCAUGUGGGAAACUCGGUACUGUACAAGGCCGGCGAAGGAAUCGAGAAACAAAGAAUGUGGGCAGGCGGGGAGUCUCCUCACCCGAGUCACCACCUCCUCGUUGCGUGCCUCGGACAUGUCUCUCCCUCUUCAUGCUAGCGAUCAUUCCUUGCAAACCAACAGGUCCGUGAUUGAAGGCAGUUUGCAUGUAGAUUUGUGAAUCGGGUCGUUGUAGUGGUCGAAAAUCGAAUCGAGUCCAGUCCAAUCAGGGCGAGAGGAAGCGUGAAGGGGGGUUUUGGCUCGGGCCUGACCAAACGAAUAAAUUACAUGCGAAGGGAGGAGGAUGUGAUGAUGAUACGUGCAAACUAGAAAAGAGGAGGACGAAAGUUGCUCCCAACGAUUCAAUAAAUAAAAUGCCAGGAGCAUCAUGGCUUGGGCUCCCCCCGCCCCGUCCCCCUCCUGCGUGCGUCGAGGCGGAUAUCGUGGGAUGAAGUCCGACGAAUGACGGCCGGCAAACCUCGCCACUUUCUAGAUGUCUGCGCUCCUGCUCCUGCUACUACUACUACUCACUCGCCUCGCCUCGCCUCCCCUGCCCUGCCAUCCUUGGAUCUAAAGCAGUCAGUUCAGUCCUUCGUGCUUAUCCCCGCGCCUCCUCUCCCCCACUCACCCCCCGACAUGAACCCUACCCCUCGUCUCCUGAGCACUUCACCUCCUGUCGCCUCCCGCUCCUCUGCACGCGCUGCCCUGACCGCGAACGAAGGCGUUCGAAGGAUGACACUCAGACAGACGCAACUGUGAUUUAGCUGUCUGGAAACUUGCAGGGGACAGAUUAACUACGUUCCUAAUCGUGCCGCAUUCAAACUCCAGGUUCCAGGCUUGGAUUUAGAAAUGAUCGUUGCGACUAUACGGGGGAGUAGGACAGGCCCAUCGUUAUCCGGAAGGUAAGCAGGACCGGAAACGUUCACACCGCGGAGACGAACCGGGAAGGGGACAUUUAUUCUGGGAGUACUUGUAGCAAGGGUAGAGGGGACCCAACGGCCGCAGCCGGGUUUACAGCUAAUGGGAGCCAU